UGUGCGUGAGGGACGGAGCCCAGUCGUGAGCCUCAGCAUUCCCCUCACCGCCGCUCACGCAAGAGGGGAUUAUUCGUGCUCGCAGCGAGUCCCUUGCAUUUCCCGAAGGACCUCUCCUUUCGGCGAAGGCGGAUCCACUUGCAAUCUGUGUCGUACACGAGAUAUGUGUUACAGCACAAGCAUUGUGGAAAAGUGAAGUGUUACAUGCGUGAAUUAAAAGUCAGACCUCAUCAAAAAGUACUGAGUCGUGGUUAGUAUUCCCUGAACUUUUUUGCGUUGUGAAUAAUUAAGACAAAAAAAAAUGAACGUCUAAGAAAAAAUAAACACACACGAGGAAUGUUGACCCACGACACAGAGGUCACCUGCCGUGGAUAAGUGGGCGCAUGUCCGCCCUUUUUGUGCACCUUGCCGGGUAUGCGCGCGACUGUCCACCACGAAAGACACCGCCCAUGAAACUGGCUCCUUCAAGUCGCUCGAACUCCUCCUCCGCCAUGAUCGUCACCGUCGCCUUCCCGCAGAACGGCUCCGCAAGGGCGGCUGCGGCUGCGGCUAAUGGCUCUGCAGGUUACGAUGCCGGGGCCGACGGGGCGACGCUGCGGGCGCCGGACACGCCCAACCAGGGGGGCACUUCCCUUUCUCGAAAGGAAUCGUACAAAGACCAGCGGCGCAAGUAUCGGUGCGAAAAGAAGAGAGUGGCCCGGGAACUUCUUAGCACCUUAAAAGACCCAGCUGUGGUUGUGCUGGCUGACUGGCUGAAGGUGCGAGGAUCUCUCAAAGGAUGGACCAAGCUGUGGUGCGUCCUAAAGCCUGGUAUGCUGCUGCUAUACAAGAGUGCUAAAGUGAAGAGUAGCCAUUGGGUGGGCACGGUGCUGCUGAAUACGUGUGAGCUGAUCGAGCGCCCUUCCAAGAAAGAUGGAUUCUGCUUCAAGCUCUUCCACCCCUUGGAACAGUCCAUAUGGGCGACAAAAGGGCCAGAGGGGGAAACAAUGGGUGCAGUAGUUCAGCCAUUCCCUUCAUCACACCUGAUCUUCCGAGCUCCCUCUCAGGCAGCUGGGAAAUGCUGGAUGGAUGCCUUGGAACUUGCUGUCCGCUGCUCAUCAAUUCUCAUCCGUUCUAUGACCUCAUCCAGUAAAGCGGAUGCUAACAAUUCUAUAACUUCCUCAACUUUAGCUGCAGACAAAUGGAAUGAGUCAGAUUAUGAGAAACAUUUUAAGGACCAGGACAUCUCAGAUGACUCAAGUGCUGGACAGAGUGCAGACAACAGCCCUGUCAUGACCCCUCAGUCUACAUGGAGAGACUGUAUCAUUCAACUCCCUGACCUGGAUGAUGCAAGCCACACAGAUGAGAAUGAACAUCACCGUGAGUCAGGGCAUUUUUCUGGAGCCGAUGCCAUGUCAGGAACAGAGUCAGAGUCCGAGGACGGCUCCCACAAGGGCGACGAGGAGCAGAGGGAAGAUGAGGAGUAUGACAGGGAGGAUGAGAUGACUCCAACUGAAUCUGCUUACGUGCCUAAUUUUGAAGGGGAAAUGGGAGAGGCUGGAGAACAAGUAGAGGAGUUGGAGGAAGAAAACAAAUCCCUCAUUUGGUUCUUGCUGAAGCAAGUUCGGCCUGGGAUGGAUCUCUCCAAAGUGGUGCUGCCAACUUUCAUCCUGGAACCGAGAUCCUUCUUAGACAAACUCUCAGACUAUUAUUAUCAUGCAGAUCUCAUUCCCAAAGCAGUACAAGAGGAUGACCCCUUUACACGAAUGAAAGAGGUUGUCAGAUGGUACCUCUCAGGAUUUUACAAGAAACCGAAGGGGCUCAAGAAGCCUUACAACCCUAUUCUUGGAGAAACUUUCCGAUGUUAUUGGAGACACCCCAAUGGUUCACGAACUUUCUAUGUUGCUGAGCAGGUAUCCCACCAUCCUCCAGUAUCAGCUGUUUAUGUAACUAAUAGACAAGAGGGAUUCUCUGUCACUGCAACUGUUUUAGCCAAAUCAAAAUUCUAUGGUAAUUCCACAUCUGCCAUAUUGGAUGGCAAUGUGCUCUUGACUCUCUUACCUCGUGGAGAGGAUUACGUCAUGAACAUGCCAUAUGCACACUGCAAAGGAAUUCUAAUGGGAACUCUAACCAUGGAACUAGGAGGAAAAGUCACCAUAGAGUGUGAAAAGACUGGCUACAGAACAGAAUUAGAAUUUAAAUUAAGGCCUUUCCUUAGUGGUUAUGAAGCAAACAACAUGGUGAGCGGCAAGAUAAAGUUGGGCAAGGACACAUUAGCAACUCUGGAAGGAUACUGGGACGGCAAAAUUUCCUUCACUGACAAACGUAAAGGGGAGGAGGAGGUGUUAUGGCAUGCUACCCCGGAGGUGAAGAUGCAGCGGCUCCAGCGAUUCACGGUAGCCAUGGACCAGCAAGGAUCAUUUGAGUCAGAAAAAUUGUGGCAGUUAGUUUCAUUAGCCAUCAAGGGUGAUGAUCAGGUUGCAGCUACAGAAGAGAAAACCAUUUUGGAAGAAGCCCAACGCAGUGAAGCAAGAGAAAGGAAAGCAAAAUGUGAAGAGUGGAUUCCUAAGUAUUUUACACAGGAACCAGUGAGUGGAGUUUAUGUUUACAAACACUCAGAUCUUCGACCUUGGGACCCAAGAACAGAUCUCUUCCAGUAUGAGUUCAAUUAUAUGAUAUCAACCAAGACAAGGCAUAAAGCACCAAUGAUAAGGACAGCAUCUAUUGUCAGUGUGGAUCCAAAGUGCGAGGUUGUGCGCAAGGAUGGAGUGCAGAGACUAAGAGGAGUGUUGGAACUAGCAGCAGCUGAAGAAACGAGUUCUGGUGAUCAUGAUGACCUUCAGGAUAUGCCUGAUCGUCCUGCUAGCACAGCGCCUCUGCCUUCAAAGAGACAGAGUCAUUCAUUAUCACCCAGCAUCCUUGAAGCUCUCAAUAAGAUGUUGGUAACACAAGAUAGUCUUGUAACAGAAAUGAAAGGUUUACGCCAAGAUGUAGAUGGUCUGCACCGCCGCCUAUCAGCCAUGGACAGUCCCAAGCAUCGGGCUGCUUUGCGUGCUUCUACUUCUCAGGAAUCCGCAAGUCCUUUAUCCACUCAGUCUUGGGCCUCGAUUCUCGUUGCUCUCAUUUUUUACUCACUGAUACAGUGGCUGGUGGAGAAGAUACGCUCAUAGCCACAGGUGCUGGGUAGAUUGUUUACUCAUCCAAAUUGUUAUAGUUUUAUGUAUGUGGGGUCUUUUACCAUUAAAGUCUCCUGUAUAGUAUUAAUUUCCCAAAGUUUUCAUAAAAAGAAGUGGAUUGGGGCAAAAUUCUUUUUAGUGACAAAUAUAAUGUAUUUUAACAUUUGUCAAAAUAUUUGACAUUAGUAUUUUCCCUCACAGGGAAUUGAGUUUUUUUACAUGUAAAAAGGGAAUAGACAAAAGAAGUAAUUUUCUUGUAUAUUCAAACUCCAGACUGAAUCCUUUUACUGUGAUUAACAUUCCAUUCUCAGAUGGUCUCUCUCUCUCUCUCUCUCUCUCUCUCUCUCUCUCUCUCUCUCUCUCUCUCUCUCUCUCUCUCUCUCUCUCUCUCUCUCUCUCUCUCUCUCUCUCUCUCUCUCUC